AUGGGGCGCGAUUCGGCCUUGUUUAAGCACUUGACUCAGGUGGAUUUCGAGGAAAUCCGACAGAAAGGCACGUCCGAGGCAAAGGAGGUUAUUGACCGGGUAGCCAAUACCGGUCUGGAGUAUUUUCUCGACGGUCCUCAUGUUCUAUAUAAAGAGGCGGUUGAGGAGUUUUUCAACACCGCAACUAUCUCCGACGAUAAGAUCACCGCAACUGUAUGCGCUUGCCAGAUACUCUCGGCGACUAAGGAGCCGAUAAAAGUAUCCGGUAGCAAAUCAACGUUGAAACCGGAGUAUAUUCCAAUCUGUGAUAUCUUCGCAAGGGCGAUUCUGGCAAGGGGAGGAAACUACAGCAGCCUAACCAGGGACAAAAUCAGGAUGCUGGUCGGCCUGAUAGAAGGAACAAAGGUUAACUGGGCAAAGGCAGUGUUCCACAAUUUAAUGGAAAUGGUGAAACCGGACUCAAACCGGUCAUGGGGAUACACCGUUCCUCUAGGUGGCCGAAAGAAGAAAGCUGGCAAGAAAGCGGCCUCAACGAAAGAAAAGGCCGAGAGCCAAGGGAAAGAGAAAGUAACUUUCUCGGAACCGCCGCAGCCAACGGAGGAUGAAGAAUCGGCUACCCCUUCUGAAAGAACCGAUACAGAAAAGACCGAUGACGAAAGAUCGGCCAAUGAAGAAGAGCAUUCGGGCCAGAGCCCCGAUAAUGCCGGUCCUGACACAAAUCCUGAGACCACCGAGGGCGGUGAAGAGGAUGGUGAAGAAGGCGGUAACGAAAGAGGUAACGAAGAAGAGAAGGAGGACGAAGAGGCAGAAGCGGAUAGGGUAGCUCUCAAACUCCUAAAAGUCACUGAAAAGCGAGCCGGUAACAUUGAGGAAAUUUACCAGGAAUGGCACGAGCACCGGUUCGGUAAACGGUAUAGGCACAUCCUACCGGGCUACACCGACGAGGAAUGCUUCCAAAGAAUGAAGGAAGUGGAGGACGUGAUCAUGGAUCUCACUACAUCCGAUACCGUUGAAGAGGUACUAAACCGAACCUACCUAUUAAAACCGCGAGCACUACUACGGAAGCUUAUCAGACGCAUCCGAAAGAUUACGGCGAAGUUCGAAGAGGUGGGAUCGGGGGACACCUUAACACCGCUGGUGUUGGAGAGGCUUGAAAAAGCCAAAGGAGACCUUAUUCAAGAAAUUGACCGGCUGGAGGCAAUGUACGGUCAAAGGGAAAUACCGGUCUAUACAGCUCCCCGGAUUGAUACAAGUCCAGAUCAUUGUCCAACACCUCCAAGGGCGAAUUCGGCGACGGAGGAAUCCGAUGAAAGGGCGAAUCCUCCUCUCACCGGACAAUCUACACUCAAACAACCGGAUAUCUCGGAACCGGAAGUCUCAGAACCGGGUGCUACAAAAGAAUGGGUUGAGAGCCGUCUUCAAAGGUUUGAAGACUCAACAAAAGAACGGGUUGAUAGCCGUAUUCAAGAGUUCGAAGACUCCGAGGUUUUCCCUUUGAAGGAGAAAUUCCAAAGAACCGUUUGCUCGGCACUCAAGUUCGCCAACACCACAUGGCAACUUUUGGAGAGAACGAAAGAACGGUUCUCAGAAAUCGAUGAAGAUCAACGGGAAGAGGCGGUUCUGCGCAGCAAACAUCUUAGGCGAACCAUGAUUUUGGAAGAUACGACUUCCGAGAUAAAACAGGACUUUGGCCGGCUUGAAAGGGAGACCGAUCAACGAUUGACGGAGGUUGCUAACGACCUGGUAGGCACAACACUCGGACGGGUCUCCGAACUUGAGAAGAAAAAUGAGGGUCUCGAGGCCGAACUCAAGGCGCUUUCCGAACAAGUUGCCGAACUACUCAACGCAAAGAUGAACGCGGACGCCGCGGCUGUAGAGGCUGAUGCCCAAGCGGCUAAGAAGGUCCAGGAUGAGCUGGACGCCGAAGCUAGAAAAGAAAAGGAGGCACCACGAUCAUCGCAACUUACCGAGGAGGAAGAGGAAGCCGAGCGAAUUCGAAGGGCAGAGGCUAAGUUUCCAGGACUUGCAAAGAAGGCAGCCGCUCAAGCUGCGAAGGAUGCUGCGCGGUUGGAAAGGGAAAGUCAGAGGCUAGAAGGCUAUGCAACCGCUAACAAAAAGAAGAAGGAAACCGCUGCCUCUUCGAUACCGGCGAAACGGAAAAGAGAACCUUCGAAGAAAACUCAAGUGGCCGACCUACUGAAUGAGGUCACUGAAACGGUCAUUAAGAGUAGACCGCAGCAGACUACUCAAGACGAAGAUGAGGUUGAAGAGCACCUGCGGUCCCGGUCUACAAGACAACGAGUCUCCGAACCGGCCAGUCAACCGCAACCAGCGAAGAAAAAGCGGAACAAGAAUCUGAUAGCCUGCUAUGACUUCUCGGACUCGGAAUAG